UCUCUCAGCUCACCUGGCCUCUCCCCUGACCCCUCCACAUCCUCCCAAACCCCCUCGAAACCCAUUUCCUUAAUCUGCUCCUACCCUCACCCUCUCUUCCUUGACGAGCUCUCGUCGGCGAGCUCGUCACGGCGAACUCCUCGCCGGCGAGCUCGUCACCGGGAACUCCACUUCCCGAAACUCCACUUCGACUUCGCGUCCUCCUCCAAUACAGAGGGUUCAAGAGAGUUCGAGAGGGUUCGAGAGAGAUCUCGAGAGUUCGAGAGAGAGAGAGAGAGAGAGAGAGAGAGAGAGAGAUGAUCCCCUUCUCCGCGGCGCCCACGAAGGAGAACAAGGGUCGAUCGCUGUGGCUCCUCCUCGUGCGCGCGAAGCUUGGGCUCCCUAUCGUUGUCCUAUCCUUCUCCAUCUUCUUCCUCGUCGGCUUCUUCGGAUCCACGCUGCUAUCGCCGGAUGCUUCGGAGGAGGCUUUCCCGCGAGAAAGGUUGACGGAAGUGAACGGGGAAGUGGAGUCCGAGUGGCCCGCGAUGCCCUACGGGGAUACGGGGGAUCCUCGCCCUAUUUCGAUUCCUUUCCAGGUUUUGCGCAUAGUUUACCAACCUCAAGCAAUUUUUCGAAUCCGUCCAAUUAAUAGGUGCUCUGCCACUAUUGCCGGAAAUGAAUUGCUGUUGAAAUAGGAGCUGACGUAUUUUUUUUUAUCGUUUUUAAGUAUUUUCUAUUUUCAAAGUUGAGAGAGUCAGGAAUAAUGUUGAACUGUAUAUCGAAUAUUAUACUCUAUUGCCUUUAAAUUGAUUUUUCUAUUGCCUUUAAAUUGAUUUUGCUAUUAUUUUGUUUUUAA